AUAGCGCACCUCUCAUUUCCUGCUUCAGCAGCAUAGGGUGGGACAGCGGAAGUACCUAGCAGCUGUGUCCACUGUCCAGCAGCCUUACACGGAUCUUCUCACCUCUGCAGCCCCCGAACCAUCAUCAUGCCGGCUUAUCAUUCAACAUUAAUGGAACCUGACACCAAGCUAACUGGAAACAUGGCUUUGCUACCAAUCAGAAGUCAAUUCAAAGGACCAGCCCCCAGAGAAACUAAAGACACCGAUAUAAUUGAUGAAGCUAUUUAUUACUUCAAAGCUAAUGUUUUCUUCAAAAACUAUGAAAUCAAGAAUGAAGCUGAUCGGACAUUAAUAUACAUCACUCUUUAUAUUUCUGAAUGCUUAAAAAAGUUGCAAAAGUGCAAUUCUAGAGGACAGGGAGAAAAGGAGAUGUACACAUUAGGAAUUACAAACUUCCCUAUCCCUGGAGAGCCAGGAUUUCCACUUAAUGCCAUGUAUAUAAAACCUUCCAACAAGCAGGAGGAUGAGGUCAUGAGGGCUUAUUUACAGCAGCUGAGACAAGAGACGGGGUUAAGGCUUUGUGAGAAGGUAUUUGAUCCUCAGACAGACAAACCAAGCAAGUGGUGGACAUGUUUUGUAAAAAAGCAGUUCAUGAACAAGUCCCUCUCUGCUCCCGGACAGUGAAAUGAGUAAGGACGCAACAAACAGAAUUUCAUAGCUUUGCAGCAAGUGAUUUGGUGUUUACCCUGUUCAAGGACCUUUUUAUACUGUUAUAAUGCAAAUGUAUCAUUUAAAAGAUGGAAAACGGUAUUUGUGAAAUGUUCAUUGUUAAGCUGGUGCUUAUUAAAAUUGGUUAUAAAUCUU